AUGACGCUGUUCACCUUAUUUGUCGUUCUUAGUUGUGCUUCUGUGAUCAGAUCAGAAACUUGUUUUGGACCGAAAGAAACUUCACUUAUAUCAACAAUUAGGAUUCCCACAGGACAAUCCACUUCAUGCCCAUCAGGAUGGAAGGGGUACAAGAAUCAUUGUUAUCAUUUUUCAUCUAACACCAACACUUGGAAUGGAGCCGAGAUCCGAUGCAGAACUAUGGGUGGAUAUCUAGUACAGAUAACGGAUUCUUCCGAAAAUGCAUGGUUUGCAAACAUGCAUACUAAAUCGGUCCAACAUCAUUAUGGCUAUUGGAUUGGGGCGACAAAAGUUCAUGGGGGAAGAUGGAGAUGGACACAUGACUCGUCCAAUGUGAAGUAUUUCAGCUGGAGUCGCAAUCAACCAGACAAUGCAGGAGGUAAAGAGAAUUGUGCUCACUUUUGGAGAGGUAUGGAUAAAUGGAAUGAUGCUGGCUGCACUACAUGGGGUAUUGGAUAUAUCUGUGAGAAAGUACAGUGAUCCAGUUAUCUUCCUUACUCAAAACUGAUGAAACCUUAGACAAGAAGAAAGCAAAAGCUGAUAUGCAAUCAGUGUGCAUUAAAACAAAAAUAAAAAACGUU